UCGGAUGGGGUUUUUGUGUGGACGUCCUUUUUGUUGAUGUUGAUGCUAUUCCUUUCUGUUUGUUAGUUUUCCUUCUAACAGGCCCCUCUGCUGCAGGUCUGCUGAGUUUCCUGGAGGUCCACUCCAGACCCUGAUUGCCUGGGCAUCACCAGCAGAGGCUUCAGAACAGCAAAGAUUACUGCCUGUUCCUCCUCUGGAAGUUUCAUCCCAGAGAGGCACCUGCCACAUGCCAGCUGGAGUUCUCCUGUAUGAGGCCAGCUGCCAAAAAGCCAUCUUGUAUCAGAGAUUCCGGAGAGUGGUCUUUGGAAUUGCCCGACUCCUUUGCUUCAGUGCCCUGAUCUCUGAACUAACACACCACAAAGAAGUGGCAGCGUGGACUUAUCAUUACAGCACAAAAGCAUACUCAUGGAAUAUUUCCCGCAAAUACUGCCAGAAUCGCUACACUGACUUAGUGGCCAUCCAGAAUAAAAAGGAAAUUGAUUACCUCAAUGAGGUCCUACCCUACUAUAGCUCCUACUACUGGAUCGGGAUCCGAAAGAGUAAUAAGACAUGGACCUGGGUGGGAACCAAAAAGGCUCUCACUAAAGAGGCUGAGAACUGGGCUGAUAAUGAACCUAACAACAAAAGGAACAACGAGGACUGCGUGGAGAUCUACAUCAAGAGUCCGUCAGCCCCUGGCAAGUGGAAUGAUGAGCACUGCUUGAAGAAAAAGCACGCAUUGUGUUACACAGCCUCCUGCCAGGACAUGUCCUGCAGCAAACAAGGAGAGUGCCUCGAGACCAUCGGGAACUACACCUGCUCCUGCUACCCUGGAUUCUAUGGGCCACAAUGUGAAUACGUGAGAGAGUGUGGAGAACUUGAGCUCCCUCAACACUUGCUUAUGAACUGCAGCCACCCUCUGGGAAACUUCUCUUUUAACUCGCAGUGCAGCUUCCACUGUGCUGACGGGUACCAAGUAAAUGGGCCCAGCAAGCUGGAAUGCUUGGCUUCUGGAAUCUGGACACAUAAGCCUCCGCAGUGUUUAGCUGUCCAGUGCCCACCCCUGAAGAUUCCUGAACGAGGAAACAUGACCUGCCUUCAUUCUGCAAAAGCAUUCCAGCAUCAGUCUAGCUGCAACUUCAGUUGUGAAGAGGGAUUUACAUUAGUUGGACCAGAAGUGGUGCAAUGCACAGCCUCCGGGGUAUGGACAGCCCCAGCCCCAGUGUGUAAAGCUGUGCAGUGUCAGCACCUGGAAGCCCCCAGCGAAGGAACCAUGGACUGUGUUCAUCCACUCGCUGCUUUUGCACAUGGCUCCAGCUGUAAAUUUGAGUGCCAGCCCGGCUACAGAGUGAGGGGCUUGGACACGCUCCGCUGCAUUGGCUCUGGACACUGGUCUGCACCCUUGCCAACCUGUGAGGCUAUUUCGUGUGAGCCGCUGGAGAGUCCCGUCCACGGAAGCAUGGAUUGCGCUCCAUCCUUGAGAGCGUUUCAGUAUGAUACCAACUGUAGCUUCCGCUGUGCUGAAGGUUUCAUGCUGAGAGGAGCUGAUAUAGUUCGGUGUGAUAACUUGGGACAGUGGACAGCGCCGGCCCCAGUCUGUCAAGCUUUGCAGUGCCAGGAUCUCCCAGUUCCAAAUGGGGCUCAGGUGAACUGCUCCCACCCCUUUGGUGCCUUUAGGUACCAGUCAGUCUGCAGCUUCACCUGCAAUGAAGACUUACUCCUGGUGGGAGCGAGUGUGCUACAGUGCUUGGCUACUGGAAACUGGAAUUCUGUUCCUCCAGAAUGCCAAGCCAUUCCCUGCACACCUUUGCUAAGCCCUCAGAAUGGAACAAUGACCUGUGUCCAACCUCUUGGAAGUUCCAGUUAUAAAUCCACCUGUCACUUCAUCUGUGAUGAGGGAUUUUCUUUGUCUGGACCAGAAAGAUUGGAUUGCACUCGAUCGGGACGCUGGACAGACUCCCCACCAAUGUGUGAAGCCAUCAAGUGCCCAGAACUCUUCGCCCCAGAGCAGGGCAGCCUGGAUUGUUCUGACACUCAUGGAGAAUUCAAUGUUGGCUCCACCUGCCAUUUCUCUUGUAACAAGGGCUUUAAGCUGGAGGGGCCAAAUAAUGUGGAAUGCACAACUUCUGGAAGAUGGUCAGCUACUCCACCAGCCUGCAAAGGCAUAGCAUCACUUCCUAGUCCAGGGGUGCAAUGCCCAGCCCUCACCACACCUGGGCAGGGAACCAUGCACUGUAGGCAUCAUCCGGGAACUUUUGGUUUUAAUACCACUUGUCACUUUGGCUGCAAGGCUGGAUUCACACUCAUAGGAGACAGCAUUCUCAGCUGCAGAUCUUCAGGACAAUGGACAGCAGUAACUCCAACAUGCAGAGCUGUGAAAUGCUCAGAACUACAUGUUUAUAAGCCAAUAGUGAUGAACUGCUCCAACCUCUGGGGAAACUUCAGCUAUGGAUCAAUCUGCUCUUUCCAUUGUCUAGAGGGCCAGUUACUUAAUGGCUCAGCACAAACAGCAUGCCAGGAGAAUGGCCACUGGUCGACUACCAUGCCAACCUGCCAAGCAGGACCACUGACUAUUCAGGAAGCCCUGACUUACUUUGGUGGAGCGGUGGCUUCUACAACAGGUCUGAUAAUGGGUGGGACGCUCCUGGCUUUGCUAAGAAAGCGUUUCAGACAAAAAGAUGAUGGGAAACGCCCCUUGAAUCCUCACAGCCACCUAGGAACAUAUGGAGUUUUUACAAAUGCUGCAUUUGACCCGAGUUCUUAAGGCAUGAAGGAAAUUGUGUUGGCAGUAGGACACAGGUAUGACAACGGAAUGACAAUAGAGUUCACAUAAGGAUUUACAUUUCCUCCAGGACAGAAAUGUCCUAACAAGACAUAACUUAUUUCAGGAUGUGUGACAUUUCCAUUAUUGGCUGCUAGGUGGUGAUGACGUGACCUUGCCUGCAAAGCAGAAGUCAAGACUGCUGAAAAAUGUUUACGAACUGUUAUGGAGUCAAUUCCCUAUGCUACCUGCUGGAAAAACAAAAAUUAUCUGAUGCUAUACCUCUCCCAAAAAGUUCAGUGGCUAGUUGAGUGUCCUACAAAAAACCUGAAUGGCAGAAUAUUCAAAAUCUAGAAAGAAAAGAUUAUGCUGAGCCUCAGGGGGUAGAUAUGAUGAGCAAUUCUUUUCUUUCAAGGAAAUGAUAAUUAUUUAAAUUUCUUUGGUCUCAUUUUCAGAGACCUGUCCUUUUCCUGGUCACCUCAUUCAGCUCCAUAUGAUCCUGUUGUGAACAUCAAGUUUCCUGCGAGACUUGACUUAACUAUAAUGCAUUUGCUGCAGUUUUCCAUAAACACCUGUGAAUCAAAGACAUGGAAUUACCUUAGAUUAGCUCUGGACCAGCCUGUUGGACCAGCUCUGGACCAACCCUCUCUCCUGAGUUUGGGAUUGUGGUACAAUCUCAAAUUCUCAACCUACCACCCCUUCCUGCCCCACCUCUCCUCUUCCUGUAACACAAGCCACAGAAGCCAGGAGCAAAUGUUUCUGCAGUAGUCUCUGUGCUUUGACUCACCUGUCACUUGAACUACCAGUGAACCAAAGAGACUGGAGCAUCUGACUCACAAGAAGACCAGACUGUGGAGAAACAAAAAUACCUCUUGAUUUUUUGAUUGAAGGAAGGCUUUCUCUACUUUGUUGGAAAGCAGGUGGCAUCUCUAACUGGAAGCAAUUCCUGUAGCAUCUUCUGGAGUCUCCACUGGUUGCUGUUGAUGAGGCCUCUUGGACCUCUGCUCUGAGGCUUCCAGAGAGUCCUCUGGAUGGCACCAGAGGCUGCAGAAGGCCAAGAAUCAAGCCAGGAGGACACAUGUCACUGUGGACCUUCCUGCCACCAGCCACUGUCCCUCAAAGGACCCAAAGACCAAUAUUCAACUGUAUAAUUAAAAGAACUUUCCCCAAA